AUGCUGGAGAGCGCGAUAGACCAGACGACUCUGCAGCAAUAUCUGGCAGACGACCCGCCCACCGUCGUGCCGCUGGCCAUCAAGCCUCACUUCGAAGCUCUCAGCAAGCAGGAAAAGAAGUACGCACACUACAUCUCUCGUGCUGCUUUCUCCGGGACGAGGAUCAAUUUGCGGCAAGUUUCGCCGGAGUCGGAGCCUAUCUACGAUUUCAUUCUUGCUCUUCAUAAGAGCUGCAAUGGCGACUGCAAGAAGUUGCAGUCUCAGGCUGGCGUCUCGGAUGAGGAUCUUAAGCAUUUCUUGAGUUAUGCUGCUCAGUUUAUUGGGAAUACUGGAAACUACAAGUCCUUCGGAGAUUCCAAGUUUAUUCCUCGUCUGCCUGCCUCACAGAUCGAAGCUCUUGCAAAGGCCUCGCCACAGGCCGAGCAGCUAUGGCACCGUAUCAAAGAUGACCUAUACGAGUCCACGUCCAUCGGCAAGAUGCAUCUCGGCUACCCAGACAAAGGCCACGUCAGUACAUACUACCCUGACUCGCCUGACAUCACGCACGACGAGAUCGAACACGUGUCGGACUUCCUCAAGAACAAGGGCCUCAUGCCAGAGAACACGAGACUGCGAAAGACAUCAUCCGGUGACUAUGAGCUACUCAUCGCCUCUGCGGUCACCGAGCCAGCCCACCGGGACCUCAAAGAAUCCCAGUGGACUCUCGAGGGGCCUUUGAAGGGCAAGAAGCUCACGCUUGUCUACGGCGAUUACAGCGUCGAGAUGGGCAAAGUGGCACGCAACCUUACCGAGGCCAAGAAGCAUGCACUCAACAACGAGGAAGACAAGAUGCAAGGUGAAUAUAUCCGUGCUUUCCACGAUGGUUCCAUGUUCGCACAUCUGGAGUCGCAGAGACAUUGGAUCAAGGACAAAGGACCAACUGUCGAGUCCAACAUCGGCUUCAUCGAGACAUACCGAGACCCUCACGGCAUCCGCGGCGAGUGGGAAGGCUUUGCGGCCAUGGUCAACAAGGAGCGAACCAAGGCGUUUGGGAAGUUGGUGGAGUCAGCCCCAUCACAAAUCCCCAAGCUGCCUUGGCCCAAGGACUUCGAGAAGGACAAAUUCUUGGCGCCCGACUUCACAAGCCUUGAGGUCUUGACCUUUGCUGGUAGUGGAAUCCCUGCAGGAAUAAAUAUUCCAAACUUCGAUAUAGUGAGACAGGAUGAGGGCUUCAAGAACGUGUCACUCGGCAACGUCCUCAGCGCCAAACCGCCGAAAGAGCCCACUCCUUUCAUCAAGUCAGAAGAUCAAGAAGUCUGGGACAAGUACAACAACGAGUCAUUCGAAGUUCAGGUUGGCCUUCACGAAUUGCUCGGCCAUGGAUGUGGCAAGUUGCUCCAGGAGACUUCACCCGGCGUCUUCAACUUCGACCACAAGAAUCCUCCAACGAAUCCAAUCACGGGCAAGCCCGUUUCUACUUACUACAAGCCUUCCGAGACCUGGGGUACCGUCUUUGGCGGAAUGGGGCCCUCGUACGAGGAAUGUCGAGCUGAGAGCGUGGCCAUGAGCCUUUGCCCUGACUAUGGCAUCCUUGAGAUCUUUGGCUUCCAUGGUCAUGAGGCGGCAGACGUCCUCUACAUUUGUUACCUCUCCAUGGCCAGAGCUGGUCUUGCUGCCCUCCAGUUCUGGGACCCGAACAGCCGCCGUCAUGGCCAGCCGCAUAUGCAAGCUAGAUUUGCGAUCCUCAAUGUAUUCCUUGAGGCUGGAGAGGAUUUCUGCAAGCUCGACUACACGAAGGACGACCUCUCAGAUCUGACCAUUCGCCUCGACCGCAACAAGAUUGAAUCACACGGCCGACCAGCCGUCAACAAGUUCCUGCAGAAGUUGCACAUCUACAAGUCAACAGCAGACUUCGAAGGCGGCAAGGCUCUGUACGAGAAGUACACCGACGUGAACGAGUGGUUUGCCAAGAAGGUCCGUCCCAUCGUCGUCAAGAGCGCGAAGCCUCGAAAGGUCUUUGUCCAGGCCAACACGUUCCUUGAGGGCGAUGAUGUGGUCUUGAAGGAGUACGAAGCAACACCGGAGGGCAUGAUUCAAAGCUUCGUGGAUCGCGACUACAUAUAG